UUGGCACGAGUCCUUGAAGGCGGAAAUCGUGACGAAUUUGAUUUAGCAGCGUUUACAGCCGCAAUUAUCCUUCCUGCUGUCCAUCUGCGAAGAAAUCUUUGCUCCUUCUUCCCUGUACCUUCAUUACCCUUUGCUUCCCCAACUGGUUCAAAACCCACUUCAACCAAUCCCUUUCGAAGAGGGUAGAGCUUCCUUUCCGACACAACUACCUUUUGCCUCAAUAUAUCAUUCAGGCGUUGCCUGAAACCCCAUUCAACCAGAUAAGAGUAGUACUCGAAAAGUGGAGACCUUUCCGCUUCUGGGCUAGAUAAGUAAGGGAUUUUGGUGUCCACUAAAGGGGAGAGGUUGAUUAAUCUACCAGCAAGAUGUUGAGCUAGUUUUUUAGGAUUUUUAGGGGGUGGUGUCUAAAAGACAGAAAACACUUCAAAAGUACAAAUUUCUAUACCGACUUAACAGAGCUGCAUAAAGCCACAAACCAUGUUUAGUGGAUUAUUCGUGAUAAUGAGUUUAGCGUCCUUCAGGAAGGCCAUUUCAAAUCCCCCAUUGAAACAAGCUAAAAUGGCAAGCUUGAAGCAUCUCUUUACUAAUUUGAGAGUGGCCAAUUCUGGACCCCGAAAAAUGACAGAGAACGUGGGCAUACGAAUUGAUGUUGAAUCAGAUGAAAUCUCUUGUUCAGAAACAGGCCACAACCCAGGAAUAUGAAGCCAUUUCAAGGAGGAAGUUUCAUUCAAUACUGGAGGAUCGUUGAAGCAGAAUAUACACAGCGGUUUAGUUUGUCCCUUAAGUUGUGGCAUUCUCAGAAGUUUGUACCAUCGACAUGUCCCAAUACAAGAGUCAUCGAAGUUCCCACUCAACAGUGCAUCAAUCGAGUUUACAAUUGCUGCACCGGUUGAAGCAGCCACUCGAAACAUGAUAGCCUAG